AUGUUGGACCAGAGAGAGGAUGUCGCAAGUAUAGAAGCACUUGAAGACAUUAUAGAGGACAAGAAAUUCAAUAAGGGCAUGGCUUAUAGGAACCUACAAAACUAUGGUCAUAAAGUAAUGUGGAAAAACCUGUUGUACGGAAAUAAUGCGAGGUCCCGAGCCAGUUUUAUUUUUUGGUUAGCUUGUCAUGAAAGGUUGGCGACGAAGUAUAAAUUGUAUAAAUUUAGCUUGACCGAUAACACUACUUGCUACUUAUGUUUACAAGAAGAGUCGAUAAGACAACUAUUAUUUGAAUGUGAUACUAUGAAGCAAAUAUGGAUGGAAGUCCUUCAAUGGGUGCAAGUUCCUCAUAUUCCCGGGAAUUGGCACGAGGAGACUAAGUGGCUAGUGCAACAAACGAAAGGAAAAGGAAUGCGGGCUGCAAUCCUCAAAAUGGCGGCGGCUGAAACUAUCUAUGAGCUAUGGAAAAAUAUAAACAACAAAAGUUUUGGUGAACCUGUUGAUAUUACAAAGAUAGGCAAGAGAAUUAUAGAUACUCUGGUGUAUAGAGGAUGA